AUGGCUGAGUCUCGGAUAGGUUUAACAAUGUGGAGCUCUGUCGCGAACCGGAAUUCGGGUACGGAAUUCAGGGAUAUGUGGUUUAUCGGCUGCAGUGGUUUGGUUGGUGGAAAAUCUGAUUGUGACGAUGGCGGCGUUGUGGAGAAAGAUCCGACUGGGAAAUACUUGCGGUAUGACGAAGUGUUGGGGCGAGGAGCAUUCAAGACUGUAUAUAAGGCAUUUGAUGAGGUCGAAGGAAUAGAAGUAGCCUGGUGCCAAGUGAAUAUUGAGGAUGUUUUGCAGUCGCCAGAACAGCUUGAAAGAUUGUAUUCGGAGGUUCAUCUUCUGAAGUCAUUAAAACAUCAAAACAUCGUCAAGUUCCAUAAUUCUUGGGUUGAUGAUAAGAACAAGACCAUCAACAUGAUAACAGAGUUAUUCACUUCCGGGAGUUUAAGGCAGUACCGAAAGAAGCAUAAGAAUGUUGAUAUGAAGGCCAUUAAGAACUGGGCAAGGCAGAUUCUUCGAGGCUUGCACUAUCUGCAUUCACACAAUCCUCCAAUUAUUCAUAGAGAUUUGAAGUGUGACAAU